AUGGAUGAGCAACAAUUUAUUUCACUGAAGGCAGGACCUGUUGACCGAGAAAAUGAUUCUUCAGAUGGUGCUGUUGGUGUUGAAGAUGCUGCUGGCGAUGAUGACACUACUGUUGCAGAGGAAACACAUACUUCAGUCAUUGUUGAGUUGCUCCAAUCGUACAAAGAAGCAUUGGCCAAUGAUGAUGACUCUAAAGUUGCUGAGAUAGAAGAUUACUUAAAAACCAUUGAUGGUGAGAAAGUCAAUCUUGAGAGCAAAGUGGCUCAGUUGUCCGAAGAAUUGUUGGUAGAGAAGGAUCGUACUCUUAGGAUAAGUGCAGACUUCGACAAUUUUCGGAAGAGGACAGAGAGGGAACGCUCUUCACUUGUAUCAAAUGCUCAAGGGGAAGUUGUUGAAAGAUUGUUACAAGUUUUGGAUAAUUUUGAGAGGGCUAAAACCCAAAUUAAAGUGGAAACAGAGGGAGAGGAAAAGAUAAACAACAGCUAUCAGAGCAUAUACAAGCAGUUGGUAGAAAUUCUUGGCUCACUUGGUGUUGUUCCUGUGGAGACAGUUGGAAAGCCCUUUGAUCCAUUGCUGCACGAAGCAAUUAUGCGUGAGGAUUCCUCAGAAUUUGAAGAAGGUGUCAUUAUUGAAGAAUUUCGCAAGGGUUUCAAACUUGGUGACAGGCUUUUACGUCCAUCAAUGGUGAAGGUAUCGGCGGGUCCAGGGCCUGCAAAACCGGAAGAAGAACCAUCUGAAGGAGGGGAAGAUUCAGGUGAAAUCGCAGAAAACAACACAGCAGAAGUUGAAGCGGAGUCAUCUUAAAGGAGAAAUACACAAACCUAGAGUUCAGUUUUGUAAAAGCAGCCGCAUUAUAAUGUUUUGAGUUAAGCUUGUAGCUUACAUUUCUUUGGGGGGUUUCAUAAGAUUCUUACUUCUAUGCUUUCGGUUCAUAGAAAAAUCCCAAUUGGCUUGAGAAUAUAGGCAUUUAUUGAAAGAUAUUUUUGUUCAUCACUGUGUUUAUUUGCAAUUGUACUUAAGUUUUCUCCUAACUUAAGCAAAUAUGUUUCAACUUCACUUGUUAAUGGAAGACCCUAGUUUGGAGGGAAUACUUGAUUCA